CUGUCUGACUACAAGAUACCUCCAUGUUUGUGAAGAUGAGUUUUCUUCCUUAUAAGGAACUGCAGCUGUUCCAACAUGGCUGACGUCUGGCAGAACGCCAUGGAGCACGCUGUUGCUGUCGCACGGAGAGCUGGAGAGGUGGUGCGUGAGGCGCUGCACCACGACAGGAAGGUGAUGACGAAGAGCUGCUCCGUUGAUCUGGUGACACAGACGGACCAGAAUGUGGAGACACUCAUCAUCCAAUCAGUGAAGGAGAAGUUCCCCACUCACAGGUUCAUAGGGGAGGAGUCUGUAGCUGCAGGUGAGGCCUGCAUUCUGACUGACCGUCCUACCUGGAUCAUCGAUCCCAUCGACGGGACGACCAACUUCGUUCACGGAUUUCCUUUUGUUGCCGUUUCCAUAGGAUUUGCCGUCAACAAAGAAAUGCAGUUCGGCGUGGUGUACAGCUGUCUGGAGGACAAGAUGUACACGGCGAGCAGAGGACACGGAGCCUUCUGCAACGGAGAGACACUGCACGUCUCUCAGCAGACCGACGUGAAGCAGGCAAUGGUCGCCACAGAGUUCGGGUCCAGCAGAGACCCUGAAGUUGUAGAGAAGAUCUUCUCCAGCCUGAGGAACAUCCUCUGCAUCCCAGUACACGGGGUGCGUGGAGCCGGCUCGGCGGCGGUCAACAUGUGUCUGGUGGCGUCCGGCUGCGUGGAGGCGUACUACGAGACCGGGAUCCACAUCUGGGACGUGGCCGCGGGAUCGUUGAUCGUCUCCGAGGCCGGGGGGGUCCUGAUGGACGUGAACGGAGGAGACGUGGACCUGAUGUCCAGACGAAUCGUUGCCGCCAACAGCAGAGUCGUUGCCGAGAGGAUCGUCAUGGAGAUCGAAGCCUUCAGUCCGCCCAGAGACGACACGCCGCCGCUCGCACCGUGAAGACCAGCAGUGCAUUGUGGGUCCCAACUGAUUUGAUGGUGUAUGUAAUGAAUAAAGUUGGAAAACUAAUUUUAA